AUGCUUAUCUUUCUGUACACACUGCUUUUCCACCACCUUCAUUUAAAGGUGGAAAACACACUUUGCCGAAUGAUGGGAGACCCUAAAUAUCCGCUGCUGUCCAAGAAUGGAGACAUAAUUAUUGGAGGACUUUUUGCAAUUCAUAGCAGAGAAACUUUACCUUCAUUUGAAUUUAAACAAAAACCACAGCUUCUGUCAUGUUCUAGUGUGAAUCUAAGAGAUUUUCGGAUUGCACAGACUAUGACUUUUGCCAUUGAGGAGAUUAAUAGAAGUAAAACAUUGCUCCCAAACAUUUCGAUUGGCUAUAAAAUCUACGAUAGCUGUGGAUCGAGACUGUCCUCUAUGAGUGCAAUUAUUGCAUUAAUGAAUGGCCCGGAGUUUGAAACAGAAGACAGCUGCUAUGGACAGUCUCCUAUACAUGCUGUUAUAGGGGAAACAGAGUCUGCCACCACAGUUAUUCUGACCAGAACUACAGGACCUUUUAAAAUUCCAGUGAUUAGUUACUCUGCAUCAUGUGAGUGUCUCAGUAACAGGAAAAAUUUUCCUACUUUCUUCCGGACCAUUGCUAGUGAUUAUCAUCAGAGCAGAGCUCUUGCAUACAUAGUCAAACACUUUGGCUGGACUUGGGUUGGAGCUGUGAACAGUGACAAUGAUUAUGGAAACAAUGGAAUGACCACAUUUCUGAAUACAGCGCAGGAGGAGGGGAUUUGUGUAGAGUACUCUGUGAAAUUUUACAGAACAGAGCCUGAAAAACUCCUAAAAGUGGUAAACAUCAUAAAACAAAGCACUGCAAAAGUCAUCGUGGUAUUUAUUUCACUUAUGGAGAUGGGUUUGCUAACUGAGCAGCUAAGUAUGCAGAACAUUACAGGCCUCCAAAUGAUAUCUGGGGAGGGAUGGAUAACUGCAAAGAGUUUAAUCACACCAAACAACUUUCGUGUGCUGGGAGGAUCGCUGGGUUUUGCGUUUAAAAAAAUCAAUAUUGAAGGUUUUUCAGAAUAUGUUAUAAAAGCAUUCUGGGACACAGCUUUUCCAUGCUCAAGAGAUCAAGCUGAUUUAAAUUGCAGCAGAUAUCAGGAUUUACUUGUGCUAAAGAAUUAUAAUGAAGAUGUGCCUGAACAAAGAUAUACAAGCAAAGCUUACAAAUCAGUGUAUGCUGUGGCUUAUGCAUUACACAGUCUGCUGAAGUGCAAGGAAAAAGAAGGUUGUGAGAAAGGCCUGACAAUACAACCGCAGCAGGUGGUUGAGGCUUUAAACAUGGUAAAUUUCACAGUAAAGUUUGGAGAUCGUGUGUGGUUUGACAGCACUGGUGGUGCUGUGCCUCAGUAUGAAGUUGUAAACUGGCAGUUGGACUCUGAUGGGUCAAUUCAGUUUAAACCAGUGGGUUACUAUGAUGCCGCUCUGCCUUCUCACCAACGCUUUUUGCUUGACACUAAAAGCAUAAUCUGGGCUGGAGGACAACUAGAGAUGCCAAGGUCUGUGUGCAGUGAGAGUUGUCCUCCAGGCACAAGGAAGGCCGCACAGAAAGGAAGACCUGUCUGCUGUUAUGACUGUAUUACAUGUGCAGAUGGAGAAAUCAGUAAUGAGACAGAUUCAAAUAACUGCCAGCAGUGUCCAGGGGAAUACUGGUCUAAUACUGAGAACACUGAAUGUGUCUUAAAGACUGUAGAGUUUCUGUCAUUCACAGAAGUUAUGGGUAUAGUGUUAAUCUUUUUCUCUCUGUUUGGAGUAGGAAUAACUGUACUGGUGGCCAUCCUGUUUUACAGUAAGAAGGACACUCCCAUAGUAAAAGCCAACAACUCAGAGCUGAGCUUCCUGUUGCUCUUCUCAUUGACUUUGUGUUUUCUCUGUUCACUUACUUUCAUUGGUCGCCCCACUGAGUGGUCCUGUAUGUUGCGUCACACAGCGUUUGGAAUCACUUUUGUCCUCUGUAUCUCCUGUGUCCUGGGGAAAACAAUAGUGGUGUUAAUGGCAUUCAAGGCGACACUUCCAGGAAGUAAUGUUAUGAAAUGGUUUGGGCCUGCACAACAGAGACUCAGUGUUUUUGCCUUUACACUCAUACAAGUUCUUAUCUGUGUGCUUUGGCUAACAAUAUCUCCUCCCUUCCCAUAUAAAAAUAUGAAAUAUUAUAAGGAGAAGAUCAUUCUUGAAUGCAGUUUGGGUUCUACUGUUGGUUUCUGGGCUGUGUUGGGUUAUAUUGGUCUACUGGCUGUCUUGUGCUUCAUCCUGGCUUUUCUGGCUCGGACGCUGCCUGAUAACUUUAAUGAAGCUAAAUUCAUCACAUUCAGUAUGCUCAUAUUCUGUGCGGUAUGGAUCACAUUUAUUCCAGCUUAUGUCAGCUCUCCUGGAAAAUUUACUGUAGCUGUGGAGAUUUUUGCCAUUUUAGCUUCAAGCUUUGGUUUACUUUUCUGCAUAUUUGUACCUAAAUGUUAUAUCAUUCUGUUUAAGCCUGAACAAAAUACAAAACAACAUAUGAUGGGAAAAACACAAACUAAGUCCUACUGA